GCUGGGCCCUAAGGAUAGUCAGCUUCGCGGCAGCACCUGAUGAGCGUGCUCCGCCGCGCUCUCCUGCUCGGCCACCGCCUCCGCCGAGGCUUGUCCUCGGGUGCGGACCUGCCUCCGCCGCGCCCAUCUGCCAGCCGCCGCGUGGUCGUGACGGGGCUGGGCGCCGUCACGCCGCUCGGCCGCGGCGUCGGGUCCACCUGGGACCGCCUCGUGGCCGGAGACUGCGCGGUGCGCGCGCUCGCCGCGGAGGACCUGCGUCUCACCGGGGAUGCCGCGGAGAGGACGUUGGAACAGCUCCCAUCCAGGGUCGCCGCCGCCGUGCCGCGCGGGAAGGGCGAGGCCGAGUUCGACGAGGAGGCGUGGACCAAGGACAGUAGAUCUAUAUCGGGGUUUAUAGCAUAUGCUCUAUGUGCAGCUGAUGAGGCUUUGAGAGAUGCAAAUUGGCUGCCCUCGGAAAAUGAGAAGAAGGAAAGAACGGGUGUUUCAAUUGGUGGGGGAAUCGGAAGCAUCUCCGACAUUUUAGAUGCAUCACAGCUGAUUGCUGAAAAUCGUCUACGUCGUCUUAGCCCAUUCUUCAUCCCCAAGAUUUUGAUCAACAUGGCAUCAGGUCAUGUCAGCAUGAAAUAUGGUUUCCAGGGUCCAAACCAUGCUGCCGUGACAGCUUGUGCCACAGGCGCUCACUCUAUUGGCGACGCUACACGGAUGAUUCAAUUUGGAGAUGCAGAUGUGAUGGUGGCUGGAGGAACAGAGUCUAGUAUUGAUGCUUUAUCUAUAGCUGGAUUUUCUAGGUUAAGGGCAUUGUCUACAAAGUAUAACUCUCUUCCACAAGCAUCUUCGAGGCCAUUUGAUUGUGGCAGAGAUGGAUUUGUGAUUGGUGAAGGUUGUGGAGUCAUGGUGUUGGAGGCACUUGACCAUGCAAUGGAACGAGGCGCAAAAAUUUAUGCAGAAGUUCGAGGCUAUGGCAUGUCUGGUGAUGCACACCACAUAACUCAGCCACAAAAUGAUGGUAGAGGUGCUAUCUUAGCCAUGGAGAGGGCAUUGGAACAGUCAGGGCUUCAGGCAGAUCAGAUUGAUUAUUUGAACGCGCAUGCAACAUCAACUCCUCUCGGGGAUGCUGUGGAGGCAACUGCAAUAAAAUCUGUCUUUGGCCACCACGCGACAUCCGGUGGUCUUGCGUUAUCCUCAACUAAGGGAGCAAUCGGUCAUCUGCUAGGCGCAGCCGGAUCAGUGGAAGCAAUCUUCACCGUGCUAGCAAUCCACCAUGGAGUGGCGCCGCCCACGCUCAACCUGGAGCAGCCCGACCUGCUGUUCGAGGGCGCGUUCAUGCCUCUAACCGCCGCCAAGAAGAUGCCGAUACGGGCCGCCAUCUCGAAUUCCUUCGGGUUUGGUGGAACCAACGCGUCGCUGCUGUUCUCGUGCCCGCCCUAGCGAUCCAGCACCCUCCCUCUCUUCUGUUUUCCCCUUCGAAGAGGCAUACCAGAAUGUCGGGAGUUUUCCCGUCCGUGAACUUAAAUGGGGGAAGGCACCAUCCGCGUUGAGCAGGAGUUGGGGGGUUUCAAGCACUGACCAUUGUGCUGUGCUCCCUCUGAGUCCGGAGCAUCGCCCAACUUGUGGGCGUUGACUCAUCCCUCUGUUCCUAACUGGAGUAUAAGACCUUUUAAAGAUUCUUUUAGGAUCUAAGCAAAAUGUGUGAAUCUACAUUCUAAAAUAUGGAGUAUGUCUAUAUAUGUCCGUAUGUAGUUUAUAUUGAAAUCUCUAAGCGCUUAUAUUUAGAAACUUAUACUACAGUAUGCGAACUUAUUGAAUUUUUUUUGUCUGA